GGUGGAUAAUCUUUAAGUAUAUCGGUAAAAUUAAGAGCUCUUUGAACCGGCUGAUCACGAUGAGUUUGAGAUUUAAGUCACUUAAACAUUUUUUAAUUCAAAUUUAGCAGAAACUUAGUAGUUAUAUAAAAUGAAAUAUACAAAAGCAACACACACUGAAAUCAAGAGAAAGUGAAUCAUAGAGAGAGGAGAAAAAUGGCAGGGAGGCACUGUUACAAGGAUGUGAUUCCAUUCACAGCAAUGGUUGCAAUGGAGUGCUCAAACGUUGGUGUCAGUGUUCUAUUCAAAGCAGCUACUCAAAUGGGAUUGAGUUACUAUGUCUUCAUCGCUUAUUCAUAUGUUAUCUCUACUCUUGUUCUCCUUUUGCCUCUCCCCUUCUUCUUCAAACGGUCAAGAGGGCUUCCUCCUUUGAAUGUGUCUCUAAUCUUCAGAAUUUUUCUCCUUGGAGUUUUGGGAGUUGUAGCUCAGCUCUUUGGAUAUAAAGGACUUCAAUACACCACACCUACUCUUUCUUCUGCUCUUACCAACCUUAUACCUGCUUUUACAUUCAUCCUAGCUAUCUUUUUCAGGAUGGAGAAGGUAAAUAUAAGAUCAAAAAGCACUCAAGCAAAAAUAUUGGGAUCUACAAUAUCAAUAUUAGGUGCACUCAUAGUUGUUCUUUACAAGGGUCCAACAAUCAUACCCUCAUCAAUACAACCAUCACCACCACCUAUUCUUAAUUCUCCAAUAAGUUCAACAUCAGAAUCAAAUUGGGUUCUUGGUGGAUCUCUAAUUGUUAUUGAGGCUCUUAUCAUUCCAAUUUGGUACAUUGUUCAGACUAAUGUUAUAAAACAAUAUCCAUCAGAGAUUAUUGUGGUCUUUUUAUACAACCUAUGUGGAACACUAGUGUCUGUACCAGUAUGCUUACUACUUGAAUCAAAUUUGAGUGCUUGGAAGAUAAAUCAUGACAUAACAUUGUUCUCCAUUUUAUACUCGGGAAUUUUUUGCACAGGACUAAGUUCUCUUGUUCACACUUGGGGACUCCAUGUUAAAGGACCAGUAUAUAUAUCACUCUUUAAGCCUUUGUCAAUAGCUAUUGCUGCAUCUUUCAGUGCUAUAUUCCUUGGUGAUGCACUCUAUUUUGGAACUGUUGUUGGAGCAGUAAUAAUAUCAAUUGGAUUUUAUGCUGUUUUAUGGGGAAAAUCCAAAGAAGAAUUGAAUGAAGAUUUUGACAUAGGUAGAGUUUCACUUCCAUCCAAUACUAAAACUCCUUUGUUGAAAGUAUCAAAUGUGGUAGAUAGAGGAAUCACACAUAAUGAUUGUUGAAGAUUUAGUAGAUGAUAUGGUAUAUGUAGUUGUAAGUGAAGUUGACAAUUAAAGCUUAUUUCUUUGUUAGGCUUUCAACAUAUUUGAAUAACGCAAACAUCUCUAUUUGUA